AUGCCGCUUCUUUCAUUUGCAGACUCGAGUAUUGUUAUGGCAGAGCAGUUCGGCCGCGAUGUGGUAGAUCAGACCCUGUCGGGCGGCGAGCUUUCGCCUUCCGGCGUUCCUGCGAGCAUCAAUGACAACAUAUCUGCUGGAGGGGACGUGGGGGAGACUCAACAUACCACAUCAAAUUUGACCACACAAGUAUCGACUGAUCCGCAAAUCAACGAUAAGACGAGGCACGCGCUUGGUUCUCAGGUGGAGGACACUGGAGAUCAUAAGGUUGCCGGAGGUUCUGCGAUGGUGGGUGCAUACGGAUUGGGAAAUGGUUUGAUCACGGAGCUGAACAUGGUGCAGGAUGCUUCGAAGCAGGGCAGCGGUUUGGUUGCUUCCAGAGCGCUUGAACUGAACGGAUUAACAUCGGUAUCCGAUGGCGGGGAUGACACAGCUUCACAGGGUGGUUCAGAGUCAGAUGCCAGUCGAACGGAUGGCAGACAUCAUAACCGCACUGGAUCUGUCAAGAAGCCCACAACUUUCAAGCCCGUGUCAUUUGCCAAGUUUGCGGUUGCCAAAGCCCCCGGGGCUCCUGCAGCACCGAAGGCACCCGAGAAAGUUCCGUCUACCUCUACUACUCCUCUUGGUACCCCUCAACCGACUUCACGGCCGCGCUUGGUCGCAAAGACCACCGCUGGCAUGCGAGACUCUUUUUCCAAGACCGGUGCAGGUGGUGGGAAAGGCGCAGCAGGACCUGACCCAAAUCAAGUUUGGAACAAGAAUCGUCCUGUCCAGCCACCCCCACCAAAGCACUUGACUGACGAAGAGUUGAAACAACAAUAUGGAAUCCACAUGACAUCUCGAAUUCAAGAAGACGGAGGUGGUACGGAGGCCAAAUGGGCUGAUAUUGAUGACGACGAGGACGACUGGGCUCCGGAGACGAUCGAGUGGACCGACGGAACGAAAGUGACUCUCACGCAUACCGAUCAUCCCGCACCGCCUGCAGACCUGAUUCCAGAAGAGUCAAAGGAUGUAGCACCGGUACCCGAACAGACCAUCGCAAGAGACCCCAUCAAGAUUGCUGCUCCGAAGCCGACCACGUCCGUGGGACCCAAUGCUACAGUUCUCAGACUUGGGGCCAACGCAGAACGACAGGCCAAGGCUGCGAGUAUCUCGUCGAAAGGAACGAAUGAUCGAGCACAAUCUGGAUCUACAAGCCCGGCUCCACCAGCCAAGUCUCCAUGGGCGGCUUUGCCUCCUGUUGAACGAGUAUCCCCUGUUAACCCACCCGUUCAUGUAUCUCAACCGCCCCGUGGCCCCGGUCCUGUCAGCCACCCACAUCGAGACGAUGUUCGCCAGGGUCCAUACGCACCGCAAGAGAUCGCCGCGGAUGACUUCAACCGGACAUGGCGAGAGAGUGCACCUGGUGCGCCUCGGGAGUUGUACAAUUCUCGGUCUGGACGCUACGAACCAGUACAAGACAAUCGAAGAGGAUCCUGGCGACAAGAUCAAGGCCCUCGUCCUCCUGCUGUUCUGCAACGACCCAAUCACGUGGAGUCAGGUGGUCCAGCGGAACCAUCUGCUGCAUUCCAGACUCAUCGUUCUACUCACCAGGAUGGUACGGGUUGGAAUCGACGCCGCACAUCGUCAAAUGUCAGUGGAGGAAGUGGAGGAUUUGGUCGUCGCAUGUCUUUUGGCCGCGAUGCACCACCGCCCAGGUAUAUGGAGGGUCGACGGGGAUCGCAAACAAAUGGUAUGGUUGAUCCAGCAUUGAUGGGCCGUGAACCUGGACCCACACAUGAAGGCCCUCCAUCACAACAGCACACUGCUGCCUCAUGGGCUGGACAGGCACCGCGGAGUGUGAGUGUUGCCUCAUCGGUCGAACAGGCUACCCCAGCUUCUGUGCCUGAAACUCCCCAGGAAGACCCACUUGUUCUACAGGAGCGAAUCAUGAAGGAUGCGCGUGCCCAAGCUCGACAGCGCCGUUUGGAGCAAGAGGAAAAGGAUAGGCUAGAAAGGGAAGAAAGAAUCAAGAAGAAGCUUGCUGCCUUGGGUCCACCCCCCGAGAAGCCUCAAUCGCAACGCAAACAAUCCGUCGAGGCAAGCAAACCUCAGACUCCUGCCCCACCACCCCCGGCCAUUCUUCACUCUCCUCCUCUUCACUCUCCUCCCAAACCUCCUGUUCCUGAACCAUCUGGCGCACCGAAACAGUACGGCAUGAUGAAAGUUCACCAUCCUGAUUCAGUCAAGAAGCUCGUCGCAGCGAACGAGCGGGAUCGUGCAACUGAGAAACAUACUGAAAAGCCUACCUCACCUCACUUGCGUCGCGUCCAGCCAUCUCCACGUGAGCAGAAGCGUGAGCUCGCCAAACAGCCCCAGAGCGAGACGCCAGAUGAAAUGGGUGAUGAUCACGGUCCUGGUUGGCGCGCAAAUUUGAAUGUUCCCACCUCCAACGUUCCUACUUCCAACGCUCCCACCUCCAACGCUCCCAACUCUUACGCCCCGUGGACCAACGCCAAUAUGCCUUCAAAUCCUCCUUCGGUGAACAACCCCUGGAAGCUUCUGAACAGUGAUCGGACCCUUGGCAACGGGAUAUUCGACCAGAGCCUUGGUGGGUUCCCGUCUCAUGAAGUUCCUCUCCGCGGUCAGCUCAAGUUGGAUCAACCAUCCGUGCCUCCCCAGGCAUUUUCUGGACCACAAGAAUCAGCUUCGAUCUCACCUCUGCCAUCCCCUGAGACUCGACACGCUCCCAUCGGCCGUCCAGGCCCGAUUGGCCCCCCUUCUUCACAGCAGAAUAUGUGGCAGCAAGAUUCUGGUCGUCAUGGUGGAUUGCCCUUGCCGGCGUGGAAUAACUUCGAUACACUGUCACGGGAGAGCACCCGUGCCAUGCAGGAACGGGCCCGCGCGCAAUUCGAGGCGAACAAGGGCAAGCCGAACCCCAUUGCUGCUUCCCUCCAGACAGAAUGGAAGCCACUUCGAGGAAGCUCGGCAGAGACUACCCAGAAGAAAUCUGUGAUUGGCAUCGCCCCCGGACCGGUGAACAACAACAAGAACGGUCCUCCCACCAACCGUCUGACCGGACUGGAUGCCCCUGUGGAUGGUCUUCCCGAGAGCCAUGCUCGUCCCAUUGCUAGCGUCCCAGCUCGCAGCUCGCGUUUCUUCCCGCAAGCCAGUGAGCAGUUAAAGCGCCCAGCAACGGAGAAGAGCGAACACCACCGCAGCCCAUCGCCACCUCCCCCAGAGGAGGUUUCGACUCACCCCGUGUACUUUGGUGGUUCUGGCCGGCCUUUGGCUCCCCCCGCGGCCCCGGCUGCUCCACCCACUUUUGCCUCUAUGGCAGCUGCUCCUCCACGCGGCCCCCCAGCUCCAGCGUCGGGUGCUAUCUCUUGGCAGGAGAAGUUUAAUGGACUCUUCGGCAAGAAGACCCCCGUUGAGAGAAAGUCCGCUCUCGCAAUUACGUCUGCAACCAAGGAGCCUUUGGAUGUCUCGCUGUCCGUACCAGCUGUUUCAGUCUCGCUGCCUAGCAUUGAGAAUGGCGUACAGAUCGGUGACGGUCACCUUGCCGUCCGCCAAGUCGAGGAACAAGAUGAGAUCUUUGAAGAUCGCGAGCCAGGCUCUCUGCCCAGCGUCCGGGUUCCGAACAUGGCUCCGGCAAACGCGUGGACGGCCGCUCCCGCGCCUCCACCUUCCCGCCAGCGUGCCAAGGUUCUUAAGCCGAUGCAAGUCCAAAGCAUUGAGCAGUAUGAGGUUGGGUCUGAUGAGAAGGAUGCAGCUGGCAACAUUCGCGUUGUGGUUCGCCUGCCCGGCGCUGCCGAGGCCAUGACACUGACUCUUCCGAAGAAAGCUGGAGGUCCUCCCUCGCGCCAACAGCAGCAGCCGCUGCAGCAGCGCAACUCUUCCAACUUCAACAAGACCCGCAAAGGACCGAAGCCCCGCGAUGCCUCGGGAAGUACUUCGGGUGCUAAGAAGCCCUCUACUCCAUCCCAGCAGCAGUCAAGCAGCACUGCCUCUUCAUCCCCUCGCCACCAGUCGCGGACUACAUCGUGGGGUCCCCGCAAACAGAGCGGGCCACGCGCCUAA